AUGAUUGAGGAACCAGUCUCCCUUGAUGCAAACCAGUACUGCCAGAUGGAUCAAGUGGCACAACUCACCCCUACUUUGAAUAUUGGAGUAGAAAACCUCCACAAUUCAGGGACACUCUCUCAGACGAAAGUACUAUUUGGAGUAAAGCGACCCCAAAGUUCAAGUGGGGUAUUGAGCAUAAUUACACCUAUAAAGAACUUGAAUCCAUUCCAAACAAGGUGGAUUAUCAAAGUUUGUGUGACUAUAAAGAAAGAAAUUCAUCAAUACAAUAAGCAAACAGGAAAUGGUCGAGUGUUUAGCUUCAACAUCAUAGAUAGUGAAGGGACAAAGACACGUGUAUCUAGUUUUAACAAUAUGGCAGAUGCACAUUAUGGUAAUAUAGACAUUGGAGCUGCAUAUAAGAUUUCAGGUGGGGUUGUGAAAACUGCUAAUAAAAUUUAUAAAAAACUUAACAGUGGGAUAGAAAUAACUCUUGUGCCUGAAUCAAUAGUAACCCCCUGUGAAGAUGACCCUUCCAUUCCAAAAAACCAUUUCUCAUUCAUGCCUAUUAAUGAAAUACUUGAGCAAAGUAAUAAUUCAGUCAUUGAUGUUAUUGGUGUUGUUAUUUGUGUAGAACCAAGCUUAACAAUCAGAAAAAGAGAUGGAACAGAGGUCAUAAGGCGUGCCAUAAAGCUACUGGAUAUGUCUCAAACUACAAUAGAAGUUACGAUAUGGGGAGCACCAUCUGAGAAAGAAGGUGUCCAACUGCAACAAAAAUACUACCUUCAAGAGACAACAAUCCUAGCAAUCAAGAGUGGAUGUGUUUGUGAAUAUAAUGGAAAGGUAUUGAGUACAUCAAGUAAUACACACCUAAUUCUAAACCCAGUGAUAUUAGAAGCUGAUAAAUUAAGAACCUGGUUUGACCAAACUGUAAGUGACACACAUGAACCUUCGGUCAAGUAUGCUAGUUUACCCAAGCCAAUUACAUGA